AUGGGUGAGCUAGAAAUAGGUGCUCUCAACCAUUUCGUGCAACACGAUGGAAUCAACCACAGCGAUAUUAACACCAGUAUCCACGGAUGGGUGGCCGCAGGCAGAGACAGCGGAAGCGUCGACAUCCUCUGGUCAAGCCUGUUGACAAUUAUCCUUUGCGUCUGGGCAGCCACACACUCGAACGCUCUCUUGUCAAAAGACAAGGGGUACCACGGCGUCUUGGACAAAAUCAACCCUGCAAUGAUUGCACUUUUAGGACCGGAUUUCCUUUUCGGACUCGCUAUUGGUCAGCUUUCCAGUGCUCGUCGAAGUGUCAAGAUGGAUAGCCUCUUGUGUGGCGGUCAAAAAUGGACGUACAAUCAGGCUUUCUUCGUUGACAUGGGAUUUCCUGUUGACGCGGAACAGCUGCAUUAUUUGGUCAAGCACGGCUUCGCCGAUUUUCCUGAUAUGGAUUCAGUGAAUAUCGCGGAACGUAAUACGAUUGACACUCUCUCAACUGGACUUCCAACAACAUGGCACCGUGCACCACUCGACGAUAUCACCCCGCGCAUCUUUCGCAUAGCCGCCUACUGGUGCUUUUACAAAAGACUGGGCGACAUGUUGUAUUUUCACCCCUAUGGAAGGCCCAAUAAACAAGAACUCUGGGACAGAUUUCCCUCUGACCUGUGGCGCCUCAUGGAAUUGAUGUACUACCCCCUGAGAGGUGUGUUCAUCGUUGGUUUCAGCAAUUUCCAGUCCCCAACACCGACGGAGCAGCUCAUUUGCGUCUACCUUUACAAAGACCAGAAAUGGCAUCGCGCGCAGAAACGCUUGCAUGGAGCUCUUCAAUCGAUAUACCAUGUUGUGGAAGCGGAUUCUAAGGCUCAAAACCAGUCGCAGGAAACCAAAACCUUGCCGACCAGGACAAAGGGAGUUGUCCAUCGGCUCAUGGCAUCGGCUAGGUCUCAGGUAAACAACUCGGCGGCAAAGGGCCCAACCAUAUGGAUGUCUUUGUUUGUGAUCCUCCCGAAUGUUCUCAUUUCCGGGCUGUAUGUGUCGUGCCGGAUGUACUUUUAUGUCGAAGAUUUUGUCUCUCUCCGGGAGCAACCAAAGGGGAUUUACUUGACUGGGAACCGGUUCCUCCCUUUCAUCGGAGAAACGUGGUAGUGCGGCUACAAGUAAUGAAAAUAGAAUAGGAAUAUGAAGACCAAUAGAAGGCUACUUUCGUCUCACCGAGGCCAUGUUGAGUCAAGUAAUGUGUAAAGACGACCAUAACAGCAAGCUCUGCCUCGGUGAAGAUGAUUAGCUCACCGAAACACCAAGGUGACCUAUUCGGGCAACUCUAACAGUUCUUCAUGGCCGGUAAACCCGGUGUGUCAAAGUGGGCGUUAGCGUCGCCGUCCGUGACCUGACAGACGCACCGAAAACGGGGCAAU